GAUCCGCCCCGGCCCCGCUGACUCACGGCGCGGCGAUAAGCCCGGCCCGGCCCGGCCCUGCGCGCCGCGGCCCCGGCAUGUCCGGGACAUGGGCGGCCCCGCCGCGCCGCUGCGCCCGGGGCUGCUCCGGGGGCUGCUCGGGGGGCGGCGGCUGCCGCUCCCGCUCCCGCUGCUGCUCCCGCUGCUGCUCCCGCUGCUGCUGCUGCCGCCGCCCCCCGCACAGUGCCUCAAAGCCGGUGCUGUGACUGUCCCAGAAACACUGCUCUUCAUAUCCACUCUGGAUGGAAACCUUCACGCAGUGAGUAAGAGCACAGGAGACAUCAAGUGGACCCUGAAGGAUGAUCCUAUUCUGCAGGUGCCGGUUUAUGUGGCAGAACCAGCAUUCCUUCCAGACCCCAAUGAUGGCAGCCUGUAUAUCCUAGGAGGAAAAAACAAAGAAGGCUUGAUGAAGCUCCCGUUCACCAUUCCGGAGCUGGUCCAGUCCUCGCCGUGCCGCAGUUCGGACGGCGUGCUCUACACCGGGAAAAAGCAGGACACCUGGUUCAUUGUGGACCCCAAGUCAGGAGAGAAGCAGACCACUCUCUCGACAGAGGCCUGGGAUGGUCUGUGCCCAUCAAGUCCCCUGCUCUAUAUCGGCCGUACCCAGUAUGUCAUCACCAUGUACGACACCAAGACGCGGGAGCUGCGCUGGAAUGCCACCUUCUCCGACUACUCGGCACCGCUCUGCGAGGAGUCCUACCACUACCAAAUGGCACACUUUGCCUCGAGCGGGGACGGGCUGGUGGUGACGCUGGACAAGGAGAAUGGGGAGGUCCUGUGGGCGCAGAACUAUGGCUCGCCCGUGGUCGGCAUCUACGUGUGGCACCAGGACAGCCUCCGCCGUGUCCCCCAUCUCAACCUGGCGAUGGAGACCCUGCGCUACCUGACGUUCCACUCGCAGGACAUCCACCUCUUCAAGUGGAGCUACCAGUCUGUGAAGGACUUUGCCACCACCAAGACCCAGCUGCUGCCAGCACUUUACGUGGGGAAGUACGCGGCCAGCUUCUACGCCUUGACCUCCCUGGUCCACGGCAGCGUGGCUCUGGUGCCGCAGGGCAUCACGCUGGCCAGGAUCGACGGACCCACCACGGAUGAUGUGACCAUGAGAGAGUCGGGGGAGUGUGAGAUCACGCCCAGCACCGACGUCAAGUACCCGCAGGGCAGCAUCACCUCGCUCCACAACCAGUGGCUCCUAAUAGGGCACCACGAGCUGCCUCCCGUGGUCCACACUACGAUGCUGCGAGCCUUCCCAGAGAACCUGAGGAAGACAACGGAAACCAUCAUCCCCAGGGCUCCUCCUGCCAGGACCGUGUUCGACGAUUUUCUGGCCCCAAGCAGCCCGGAGGAGCCGGCUGUCCGCAGCGAGGGGCAGUUCCAGCCGGACCCCGCGCCGAGGGAGCAGGUGGAGGUCUACCCCGAGGCCGGCACCUGGGACCUGGUGAUGGCUGGCAUCGGCACGGCUCUGCUGGGCGGGGGAAUCCUGUUCCUUGUGCUCACGAAACUGCAGAAGCAGCACGCGGUGCAGCAGCAGCAGCUGGAGAAGCAGAUUCAGCUCCUGCAGCAGCAGCAGGAGAUGCUGCUCCCGGGCCGGGUCUCCGGGGAGGGUGUCCCUGCAGAGCCCGGGGAGCCGGGGCUGAGCGCAUCGCAGCUCUCGCAGAGCUCCGGCCCCUUGGCCCGCCUGAAGGACCUGGCUAAUGGGGUGGUCAGCCCAGAUCCGGCUGUGCCAGCGGCUGCUGCAGAUGCAGAACCAGAUGUGAUUGUAGUUGGGAAAGUUUCUUUUAACCCCAAGGAUGUGCUGGGCCACGGAGCUGGAGGAACCUUUGUCUUCAGGGGACAGUUUGACAGCCGGAAUGUGGCUGUGAAGCGUCUCCUGCCCGAGUGUUUCCAUCUCGUGGACCGCGAGGUCCAGCUGCUCCGGGAGUCGGACGAGCACCCCCACGUCGUCCGCUACUUCUGCACUGAGAAGGACAAGCAGUUCCACUACAUCGCCAUCGAGCUCUGCUCUGCCACGCUGCAGGAGUACGUGGAAAGCCCCAGCUUCGAUCGUCGCAGCCUGGACCCGGUGUCUCUGCUGCGUCAGACCAUGUCCGGGCUGGCCCACCUCCACUCCCUCAGCAUCGUCCAUCGUGACCUGAAGCCCUGUAACAUCCUCAUCUCCGUCCCAAAUCGCCACGGGCAGAUCCGAGCCGUCAUCUCUGACUUCGGCCUCUGCAAGAAGCUUCAGGGGGGACGACAGAGCUUCAGCCUCCGCUCCGGCAUCCCUGGCACCGAGGGCUGGAUCGCCCCCGAGGUGCUGCAGGAGGCCCCGAAGGAGAACCCCACGUGUGCUGUGGACAUCUUCUCAGCCGGCUGCAUCUUCUACUAUGUGGUGUCAGGAGGGCAGCACCCCUUUGGGGACAGCUUGCGGCGACAGGCCAACAUCUUGUCGGGCUCUUACCAGCUGAGCUGCCUGCAAGAAGAAGCUCAUGACAAGCUUGUUGCGCGAGAGCUGAUUGUGGCAAUGAUCAGCCCCGAGCCCCAGCACCGCCCCUCAGCCCCCAUGGUCCUCAUGCAUCCCUUUUUCUGGAGUGAGGAGAAGCAGCUGCAGUUCUUCCAGGACGUCAGCGACCGCAUCGAGAAGGAGCCUGCCGAGGGGCCCAUCGUCUCGGCCCUGGAGUCGGGGGGACGGUCAGUGGUGAGGACCAACUGGAGGAUGCACAUCUCCCUCCCGCUGCAGACAGACCUGAGGAAGUUCCGCUCUUACAAGGGGGGCUCUGUGCGUGACCUCCUGCGGGCCAUGAGGAACAAGAAGCAUCACUACCACGAGCUGCCAGCCGAUGUCCGGGCAGCCCUGGGCUCCGUGCCUGACGGCUUUGUGUGGUACUUCACCUCCCGCUUCCCCCGGCUGCUGCUGCACACCCACGGGGCCAUGAGGGUCUGCGCCCAGGAACGGCUCUUCCACUCCUACUACUGCCAGGGGCCGGGGGGCGAAGGCAAGUGAGCGGGGACGCACGCCGGGACGGCACCUGCGGUGCAAGGCUGCUGCGGCCGCUCCUCUCUGCCCUGCAUGCAGCCGCAACCCCAUCUUGCAGCAGCUGGGAGCAGCCCUGGGGGCUCUGCGGAGUCCUCCUCCCCCUCCCCGAGGUGAGGGGGGGCCCCAGGACCAGGUGGUCGCCCAGCGUACACAUGGGCUACAAGCAGGACGGUCCAGAAGAGGCGAGCGCGGGGUGGCACUGGGCUCUCCUGAGCCCAAGAGGGACCCUCUGGGCACCCACCUUUGCAAACUGCUCCCAGUCAGACUCAGCGGCCUGAAGGUAUUUGUGUCAGAGAACGGAAAAAAAAAAUCUCUGCGGCGGAGAUGGUGUUUGAGAAGAAAGAAAACGCAUGUUGGGUUUUCCCGAGGGCAGCCGGUGGAGCAACGCACCCGCAGAGCAAUGCAGCCAGGCUGGGGCCGGGUCCCAGCGGGGCGUUCACCAGGGAUCAGCACGCUUUGUCCUCCCGUGCCGUGUGCCUGGGGAAGCAGCUCUUCGAGCAUGUGUCCAGCACAUGGCUGUGACCAGGACUGAUACAACCGUCUGGACACUGGCGACGAUCCUUCAGCCCAGCCGAGGGCUGAGGCUCAGCAGGUCAGCUUUUAGCAGCCACCCCAGGGCUUGGACCCGCUAUUUGCA